AUGGACAACGUUCCAGACGAGCUCCGUUACCUCCCUGACGGAAGCUUGUUUCUGCAGGUGCAGGAAAGUGAGCUGCACAUAUACAUAUCGAGGAGCAUAGUUAAGCUAGCUGUUGACAAUGGUCUCUCGGCAUUGAUUGCAGAUGGAAUCCAUCAACUUAAUCCCAGGAGUAGAACUGGCAGCGGAAUUCGGAUGGAACAGGGGCAAGUAUACACUGUCCAUGGAGUUUGUAGUGGAGGCUUCGAGAUGCCACUGAUGUUUGCCAUCAUGAGAAAGAAGAGAGAGGAAGACUAUAGAGUAGUGUUCGAAAAACUGAAGGAGAAUAUCAACGAUGCCCGGCCGGGGUUAGGGGAGCCGCAACUGAAAUUUGUUGUAGACUUCGAACUGGUAUGCUCCAUGAAGCUGAAACUUUGCCCAGACAAAUCCUUCCUGCUUUAG